UACACCUACACUUGACCCGCAUCUCGCUCCCGUCCGCGACCAACUCGAAACUCAGUCCAUUCUUGUGCUGACUCUUGGCACGGCAAACCAAAGCCCAAACCCCUCCCCUUCUUCUCUGGUCUCAAAUUGGAAGAAGGAGGUCCGAGAAUUGCGUGAGAAAUGGGCUCAGAACUGAUUUUCAGAGGCCACGAGGCCCAGCCCGUGGACGACGCGUACUCGCCGAAGCCCCAGAAGCCGUGGCUCUCGGUGACUCGGCCCAUUCACUACAUGCUCCGCGAGCAGCGACUCGUCUUCGUCCUCGUGGGCGUCAUCAUAGCCUCCUUGUUCUUCACACUCGUCCCUUCUUCCUCUUCCAUGUCAAGCUCUCCGUACGAGGCGCUUCCGAUCUCGUACUUUGAGCGCGAGUCGAGGGUUCCGGCGUACCACCACCGCCUCCCGGCGGUGCACUCGGUGGGGAAGGUUCCGUUGGGGAUUAAGCGGAAGGGGCUCCGGAUCGUGGUGACGGGAGGCGCGGGGUUCGUGGGGUCGCACCUGGUGGAUCGGUUGAUUGGUCGCGGCGACAGCGUGAUCGUGGUGGACAAUUUCUUCACGGGGAGGAAGGAGAACGUGAUGCACCACUUCGGGAACCCUAGAUUCGAGCUCAUCCGACACGACGUGGUGGAGCCUCUCUUGCUGGAGGUGGAUCAGAUCUACCAUCUCGCUUGCCCUGCCUCCCCUGUCCAUUACAAGUUCAACCCCGUCAAGACUAUCAAGACCAAUGUGGUGGGGACCUUGAACAUGCUUGGACUCGCUAAAAGAGUGGGCGCCAGGUUCUUGUUGACCAGUACCAGUGAGGUUUAUGGAGAUCCUCUGCAGCACCCUCAGAAGGAGACUUACUGGGGCAACGUCAACCCGAUUGGUGUCCGAAGCUGCUACGACGAGGGAAAGCGUACGGCUGAGACGUUGACCAUGGAUUACCAUCGAGGUGCCGGUGUGGAGGUUAGAAUUGCUAGAAUCUUUAACACCUACGGGCCUCGAAUGUGCUUAGAUGAUGGCCGUGUUGUCAGUAACUUCGUUGCUCAGGCACUAAGGAAGGAGCCUUUGACCGUUUAUGGAGAUGGUAAGCAGACAAGGAGUUUCCAGUAUGUCUCUGAUUUGGUGGAGGGUCUAAUGCGCCUCAUGGAAGGAGAACACGUGGGACCUUUCAAUCUUGGAAAUCCGGGAGAAUUUACCAUGCUUGAACUUGCCAAGGUGGUUCAAGAAACAAUCGACCCUGAUGCGAGGAUAGAGUACAGGCCCAACACAGAGGAUGACCCGCAUAAGAGAAAGCCCGAUAUAAGUAGGGCUAAGGAGCUACUUGGGUGGGAGCCCAAGGUUGACCUACGCAAGGGCCUCCCACUAAUGGUUUCUGACUUCCGGCAACGCAUAUUUGGUGACCACAAGGAAGGUGCUACCGUAGCCUAAUUCUUGCUUGGAGAAUGUUACAUGAAUCUUAGAGUGAGAAAGGGAAAAGAUAAUAGUUCGAGGAUAACCCUGGCCCACAAAGGUCCAUUUAGUCGCAGCAUUAUAUGAGCUCCACUAAAAUGUCCCUUUUGCCGCUUGUUCUCCGUCAAUCUUUAUUUGCGGGUUAUUUACCCUCUUUCAAGAUUGAUAACCACCCAUGAUUCCAAUUUUCAAAUUCCUGCCAUCUAUAUUCUAUUUCUAAUUUUUUUUUUUUUAUGUAAUUGGUAUGUGCGAGAGGCUACAGUUAUAGUUAUUUCAACAUUUUACCUUGGUCUAUUUUACUCGAACUUCAUUACUUUACCA